CAACACAACCAAAACACGUCAUCCUCAUCAAUAUUCAAUAAGCGAAGAAAGGGCGAAGAAAAUUAUAUGCAAAAGUGGCUUGAUUUUCAUUUAACUGCCGUUACCUUCAACCCCAAUUAAAGCUUUGCAAUUUUGGCUUUUCUUUAUCGCCCCCUUCUCUUAUUUCUCCAAGAAUUAAUGCACAGAAGCUCAGAUCAGAGGUCCCCAACAAAACCCAUUUGACCCAUCUUUUCCAACUGAUUUUCGUCGGUGAAUUUGGAAGAAAAAAAGAAAAAUCAAUCUUUGAGCCGUUUCAAGAUCUGGGUCUGCAAAAAGCAUAGAUCUUUGGUGUUCUUGCAAAAUCUUGAACUAAAAUUUGUGGGUUUUUGGUUGUGAUUGAUGGGGUGGAGAUAUAGAGCUGGGUUGCUUAUGAUUGGGACUGUUGUUGUCAUAUGGGUUGUCUCUGCAGAAGUUACACAGGGAAUUUUCACGGACUAUAAACAGCCAUUUGCAGUGACAUAUCUUGGAGCUUCAUUGAUGGUAAUAUACCUUCCGAUCGCGUUCAUUAAAGAUUGGAUUUAUAAGUUUAUCAAGAAAGGAAAAAACCAAUCCUCGGUUGGAAAUGGAAUUAACUCCCCUCUUAAGUACAUCGGUGGCUCGACAAUGUUUGAAAUGGAAGUUGAAGGGUCACCCUUUAGUCGGAAAGGUAGUGAUCAUGACAUUUCUGAUCAAGAAGAAGGAAACGCGUUAGUCCCGAAAACCAAAAGUGAUACUUUGUCAUUAAAGCAUGAAACCGCCGUUACAACAAGGGAGGUUGCUACUUACGGAUUCUAUAUUGCGCCUAUUUGGUUUGUCACCGAGUAUUUAUCAAAUGCUGCACUUGCACGUACGAGUGUUGCUAGUACGACAGUGCUGUCAUCAACUUCAGGGCUGUUCACUCUAUUCAUCGGUGCGUUUUUGGGCCAAGAUUCUUUAAAUGUGACAAAAAUCGUUGCGGUUUUUGUCAGCAUGGCUGGUGUUGCCAUGACCACUAUGGGAAAAACUUGGGCUACGGAUGAAGUAGCUACAGCUUCCUCUUCAAAUGGUGAUCACUCUCUCGUCGGCGAUCUGUUUGGGCUUUGCUCAGCUAUGUCAUAUGGGCUCUUUACCGUGCUUCUUAAGAAGUUUUCUGGGGAGGAAGGAGAGCGUGUUGAUGUGCAAAAAUUGUUUGGAUAUAUCGGUUUAUUUACUCUUGUGGCUCUAUGGUGGCUCGUUUGGCCCUUAACGGCGUUAGGAAUUGAACCAAAGUUCAAGAUUCCUCACUCAGCUAAAAUGGAUGAAGUAGUUAUUGCCAAUGGACUUGUCGGGAGUGUUCUUUCAGACUACUUUUGGGCGUUAUGUGUUGUGUGGACGACUCCAUUGGUGGCCACCUUGGGCAUGUCACUGACUAUCCCACUUGCAAUGGUGGCGGAUAUGAUGAUCCAUGGCCGCCAUUAUUCUGCCAUUUACAUUCUUGGUUCUGUUCAGGUAUUUGCUGGUUUUGUGAUUGCUAAUCUUCCUGAUAAAGUUUCCAAGAAGAUCGGCUUAUAGCACAGGAUUGUUAGAAAAUGAACUACUGUUGGGGCGAAGAUGUUCAUGUUGAAGAUUGUAAACUGUAAACUGUGAUAUAUACUUACUUUUUUGUCAUUUUGAUUCAUGUUUUUUUUAUUUUCAUUAUUUGUUAGGAUAUGCCAUGCAAGAUUGGUAGAUCAUUUCCAAACAUGUUAAUAUCAGAUGUCUUCAUUUGUUUUGUUUUAUCUUCCAAAUUGUUUCAAACUGUGUUGCAUAUCAAAGUAUGUCAGAGUGGAACA